UUCUUCACAUAGAGGAAGAAGACAUGGCUGCGGCUGCAUCAUUGAAAAUACUCUACCUCUUGUUUGCUCUGUUCUCAACAGUUUUUAUCUAUCAAUCUUCACAAACCUAUGGUUACUCUAAUGGGUUCUUACCAACUUCCUCUCCAAUCACCACCACUGGUAGAAGUAUUAGCAGCAAAUUAACUAAUCAUGAACAAAAUGAGAAGAGGAAGUUAAACAGGAUAGAAGAAGGCCUAAAAAGAGCUCGAUACGCGAUUCUCCGAGCGGCUCGUACACGAAAUCUUACUAAUUCCAAUAGUAAAGAGGAGGAGGAAUUCGUCUCAAGAGGUUCCAUUUACCUUAAUCCAUAUGCAUUCUAUCAGAGUCAUACUGAGAUGGAGAAGAGAUUAAAAGUGUGGACAUACAAAGAAGGCCAGCCGCCACUAUUCCAUGAUGGUCCAUUAGGCUAUGUUUACUCAACAGAAGGACACUUCAUAGAUGAGAUGGAAAGCGGGUUAAGUCCAUUUACAACUCAAAAUCCUGAUGAGGCACAUUUGUUCUUCCUCCCGUUCAGCGUGGUUAACAUCAAGAGAUUCAUUCUCGCACCAAAUCCAUCAAUCCCGUGGGCAUGGCUUCAACUGUUUGUGGAAGACUAUAUAAAGGUUGUUUCGAACAAGUAUUCGUUUUGGAACAGAAGCAGCGGAGCUGACCAUUUUAUGGUAUCAUGUCAUGAUCGAGGGCCACAAAUCUCUAGCGCUUUUCCUCGCGAGCUAUUCAAGAAUUUGAUCAGGGUUCUUUGUAAUGCCAAUACCUCAGAAGGUUUCCAUCCCAUAAGAGAUGCAACACUACCUGAAGUGAACCUACGACAUGAAGAACUUGGUGGUCAACCACAACUUGGUAAUCGACCUGCUGCAAAUCGUCCGAUACUUGCAUUUUUUGCUGGCCGGGCUCAUGGUUAUGGAAGAAGUGUGUUAUUCAAAUACUGGAAAGAUAAAGAUGAUGAGGUCCGAGUCUAUCAGAACUUGCCGAAACCGCUCAACUACACUAAUUUGAUGUCCCAGAGUAAGUUUUGUCUGUGCCCAAGUGGAUAUGAAGUUGCAAGUCCUAGGAUUGUUGAAGCAAUAUAUGCUGGAUGUGUUCCGGUUAUACUUUCUGAUCAUUACGUACUCCCGUUCAGCGAUGUACUUAACUGGAGCCAGUUUUCAGUUCAAAUUCCGGUUCAAAGAAUACCUGACAUUAAGGUUAUCUUGAAAAACAUCUCGACGACAGACUAUCUGAAAAUGCAAAUUAGAGUCAUGCAGGUGAGGAGACAUUUUGUACUCAACAGGCCUGCUCAGAGAUUUGAUUUACUUCACAUGGUACUCCAUUCGGUAUGGUUAAGGAGGCUGAAUAUUGGGUUAAUUUCUCAAGAUGUUGGUUAAAGACAUUGAAAUUUUAGUCAAGUUUACAGUUAGCAUU